AUGAUCGACAAGAUGCAACAUGGUAUGAAUUACUUUCCGUAUAGAUGUGCAGAAGGAAACCUUUAUGGAAAUUCAUCAAAUCAAUCAGGUGCUCCACCACAACCUGGGAUUCAACCUGGCGUUCUACCCGGAGUUCAACACCCGUCUAUGACACAACCUCGGGCACAAAUCCCGGUCGCUACAGUUGAACCACGAGUACGAUUUCCAUCUGCAGCUCAACCUAGAGCACAUUUUCCGCCACCUGCUCAACCUCGAGGAUGUGUAUUCUCAUCUUUGGUUCCAUGUGCGGAAGCAAGGUCUGCUGAUGGAACUUCAUCUCAACCUCGAAAAACCAUAUUUAUUGAACCUCAACCUCAACCUCAAAAAUCACAAUCUCGAAAAUCCGAACCUCGAAAAACCAUAUUUAUUGAACCUCAACCUCAACCUCAAAAAUCACAAUCUCGAAAAUCCGAACCUCGAAAAUCUGCACCUCAAAAAUCCGAACCUCGAAAAUCUGCACCUCAAAAAUCUGAACUUCGAAAAUCGGAACCACGAGAAUCGAAACCUCGAAAAUCUGAACCAAGAGAGUCAGAACCUCGAAAAACUGAACUUCGAAAAUCGGAACAAGAUGUUAAAGAAACUCAGCAUGCUGAUACGGUGGAAAAAACGGACUCCAUUCAGCGUAGACCAUCAAGAUGGGAACCAGUUGAGGAAUACAUUCCAGCAACAACGAACAAAAUUGAAGAUGAAAUUUACAUUCCAACUCCAAAGGUUCAAGAAACGGAAGAGGAACGACCGUCUUCACCUGUUUCAAUUAGCUCGGAAUCAUCAAGUUCAUCUGAUUCCUCUAGUUCUUCAUCCAGUUCUUCUUCAUCGUCAUCAUCGUCUGACAAGGCAGUUAAACAAUCGUCUUCUUCUGAAGUCGCAAAUACUUUAACAGUGGCAGAACCUUCAAAAGUAGUUAACACUUUAAAUGUGGUGAAAAAUUCAGACGUGACCGAACAACAUUUAAUAGAAAAAACUUCCGAUGUGUCCACGUCUUCUAAACCUAAUGAAUCAAUAAGUGUCAGUGAUCCUUGUAUCAGAAAAUUAACAAAACCCAAAACAAUUACAGGCAAGAGAAAGAGGUCUAAAAAUCGCAAAAGUGAUGACGAUGGGGAUAAAAAACACAAGGAUAAACCUAAGAGAGCAAAAAAAAGUUCAUAG